AUCUGUUCCCUGUACAUAUCUUUUAAAUCUUCACAAUUCACGGGCUUGCUCUUUCCCAUGAGUCCGGAGGAGGAUGAGCAGAAAGAGAAAGGUGAAACUGAAGGAGUAGUAGCUGAAUUGCGUGUCAGAGUGGUAGAUGGUUGUAGAUGGCCUCCAGUGCUUAAGCCGCCUCCACCAAUAGGGCUGCCAGUGAUCGAUGGAACAUGCUCGACGUGGGACCUACUUAGAGAUUUUGCACCUCAGGAUUAUAUAAGUUCUGAUGAUGAGGAAGAUGAACGAGGAUGUGAAACAGAGGAAGCGGUUGUCGAAGAAAUUUGCUUGAAGGCAGUGGAAGAGGAGACUGCAGUGUCAUCUGAAACCUGUUCCUUUUAUACUGCAACUGAUGAUGAUUUUUCCGGAACCACAACCGAGCCCAUGUCUCCCAAGAGCAGGUUCAAAAGGAAUAUGACUUGUUGGGAGAAAGGUGAGCUCCUGGGCAGUGGGUCCUUUGGAUCCGUUUACGAAGGGAUUUCUGGUGAUGGGUUCUUUUUUGCCUUAAAAGAAGUUUCAUUGCUUGAUCAAGGAAGUCAAGGAAGGCAGAGUAUUUUCCAACUUGAGCAAGAGAUUGGUCUAUUAAGUCAGUUUGAACAUGAAAACAUUGUUCAGUAUUAUGGCACUGACAAG